AACAUGCAAAAAAAAAAAAGUUUUGAAAGAAAAUCAGAAUAUAAAUGUGGAAAUAGUUUAUAUUUUGGUAAUAUAUGAUUUUGGUGUGGUAACCAUCUGUACUAUUGUUCAAAUUAACUUUCAUCUGAUUUAUCUUUAGGUCAUAGGAAACCCCAACCAUCUCACAGAAUUAGUUGCAUCUCCCUUUACCAACCUUGUCAAGACCCUUCUGACACAAGAAAUCUAAAACCUUACAAUGCCUAGUUCUCUCAAACUUAUAUAUCUAUUUGAAGUCCCACCCAAUUUCUCCCAGUCCUUACCUCCCACAAAAUUGAAUUAAAAAGGGUUUCAAGAGAAGAACAAUGAAACUCCUCCUUGUGAUCUUUAUCAUUCAUGCAAUAUUUAUCCCAUGCUUUUCCUUUGAUGUGCCGGGAAAGGAUCUUCCAUUAACCCUAGAUUAUUACAAGUCUACUUGCCCCACCGUAUUUGACGUCAUCAAGAAAGAAAUGGAAUGCAUAGUGAAGGAAGAUCCUAGAAAUGCCGCCAUAAUUAUUCGUUUACACUUCCACGACUGCUUUGUCCAAGGAUGCGAUGCAUCGGUGUUACUAGACGAAACAGAGACACUACAGGGAGAGAAGAAAGCCUCUCCCAACAUAAAUUCAUUGAAAGGAUACCAACUUGUAGACAGAAUCAAGAACAUAAUCGAAUCAGAAUGUCCUGGAGUCGUUUCCUGCGCUGAUCUUCUCACUAUUUCUGCUAGAGAUGCUACAAUCCUGGUUGGUGGGCCUUACUGGGACGUUCCGGUCGGGAGAAAAGAUUCAAAAACAGCAAGCUAUGAGCUCGCGACAACGAACCUUCCAACUCCCGAAGAAGGUUUAGUCAGCAUCAUCUCUAAAUUCUACUACCAGGGUCUCUCUGUUGAUGACAUGGUCGCUCUUGUCGGAGCUCACACGAUCGGGAAGGCACAAUGCAGGAACUUCCGUUCACGGAUCUACGGUGAUUUUCGGGCGACGUCAGCCCUGAAUCCUGUGUCGGAGACGUACCUGGCGAGCCUCCGAGAGUUGUGUCCGGAGAGGAGCGGAGAAGGUGACAGCAACGUGACGGCGAUGGACAAUGUGACGCCGAAUCUCUUCGACAACUCGAUCUACCACACGCUGCUGAGAGGAGAAGGGUUGCUGAACUCGGACCAGGAGAUGUACACGAGCAUGUUCGGUAUACAGACGCGGCGGAUAGUGAGCAAGUACGCGGAGGAUACGGUUGCUUUCUUCGAGCAGUUCUCUAAGUCGAUGGUGAAGAUGGGGAACAUUUUGAACUCUAAGAGCUUGGUCGAUGGUGAAGUACGAAGAAACUGCAGAUUCGUUAAUACAUGAAAACAUAUAUCAACAAAGAAUUUUCAUAUAAUUUUUGUUUUAAAGGACAUGGAUCUUUUUAUUCUCCUUAUUUAUACGUUUAUGUGUGUGGAAGCUUGAAUAUGAAUUUGUGGUGAUUGAAACCACAAGAUAAUUUUAUUUUUGAAUUAA